AAUCAAAUGAAAAUAUUGGCACUUGGGAAACAUUAUAUAAGAAUGUACUAGCUCAAUUUAAUAUAAAUAGAUUCGAACCAGAACCAUCUCCGUUACAAAUAGAACUACAGACAGAUGUACAGAUCUUUGAAAGUGAUUUGGUCAUUGAUCUUAAUAAAUUGUUUGAAAAGCCUAAGAAUGAAAUUAAUGCACAAAUUAUUCGUAUUUAUAGCGAUGUAGUUCAACUUUCAGAUAAUCUAGAAAUUCAAAUGUUGGGAAAUCAUGGCAUUAUUUUAAUAGUUGCAAGACGAUUUGAAGUCAAACAAGGUUGUCAAAUCUUUAUUAAAUACAAUGAAGAAAAUCAUUUUCAAUUAUUGGUAUAUACUAUGGAGAUGCCAUCAGAUCUUAUUAUUAAAAACGAAGAUAAGGAUCCACUAAAAUUUAAAGUUAAUAGUCCAAACUUUGGUGGAUUGAUUUCUCUACAUAGUGGAGAAUUUAAAGAUAUACCUGAUUUCGCUAGUAUAAUUCUUCAAAAAAAGCCGUUCACUAAAAUAUUGCGAUUUUCUCUACAAAUUGCGAUCGCUCUAUUUUAUCAUAACCCCGAUAUUACACGUUCAAUUCUCACAUGGAUUAUUAAAACAAAUGAGCAAUUGAAAGACAGCGAGGAAAAAGAAUUUGAAAUAACAAAAAGGUUAUAUUAUCAUGCAUUAAGAAUGCUUGAACAUCUUAAUGCCUUCAUUAAAAGAAAUAAUGGUGAUUUUACUUUUGUUCCGCGACUUAAUAUGGAAAAUUACAAAAAUCAUAUCUAUCAGUUGAUGAUAUUUGCAAAAGGUUAUGAAAUCGAAUAUAAGGAUGUUCUAAAACAAGAUAAUAUUAAUAAACAAAAGGUAGAAAAUUUAAUCAAUAAGCUACUGGACCAUAAUGAUAGAACCAAAAUGCUUCAAAUUUUAGAAGAAAAAGAAAGUAAGCGAUCUGAAUUGGCACAUAAUUUAAUGGAAGAAACUGAAAAUAUGCUUCAGGGGCUUAAAGAAGGAAUUGAUGAUUGGCUGGAAGAACGAAAACAUGCCGCACAAAAGGAGUUAUUUUUCGCUAUUCUUGAUUUAUCUUUGAGUGUUGGUAAAAUUGUUAUCCAAACUGGCAACGUACAUAGUUUCGUCGAUGCUAUUGUAAAAGUAUCCAAGUCUGUUCAAGAUGUCUUAAAAAAUUUUAACAUAGAAAACAUUAAAAAAUUGGCCAAUAUAACUCAUGACGAAGAU